AUGGACUGCGAUCUUAGACCGUACCAGGAGGAGGUGGUGCAGGCAGCACUCAGAGGAGAGAACAGCAUCAUCUGGCUGCCCACCGGUGGAGGAAAAACCCGUGCUGCGGUUUACAUCACUAAGAAACACCUGGAGACAACAGCCAAUGCCAAAGUAGUAGUGCUCGUCAACAAGGUGCAUCUAGUAGACCAGCACUUUGCAAAAGAAUUCAAGCCUUAUCUUGGGAGUACAUACAGCAUAACAGCCGUCAGUGGGGACAGUAAUGAGAAAGACUUGUUUGGGUGUCUAGUCAAGGCCUCGGACCUGGUCAUCUGCACAGCUCAGAUCUUGGAGAACGCCCUGAUCAACAUGGAGGAAGAAAAACACGUGGAGCUGACUGACUUUACCCUCCUGAUAAUAGACGAAUGUCACCAUACACAAAAGGAGAGUGUCUAUAAUAAGAUAAUGGGCCGCUAUGUUGAAAAGAAAGUGAGAAAAGAAGGGAAACUUCCUCAGAUUUUGGGUCUCACAGCAUCACCUGGUACAGGAGGAAAUAAGCAACUGGAUAAAGCUGUUGAACAUGUACUGCAGAUCUGUGCCAAUCUGGAUUCAGUAAUUGUGUCCACCAAGAAUUUUACUCCAGUGCUGCAGAAAGUCGUUCCCAGACCCAAAAAGCAAUAUGAUAUUGUUGAAAAAAGAGCUCUGGAUCCAUUUGGUGACCACUUGAAGGCCAUGAUGUGGACGAUUCAUGAGUUUAUGCCUUCAACGGUGAGCCGCAGCCUGCGAGAGAUGGGCACCCAGGAAUAUGAAGCUGAUGUGGUGGAACUAGAAAAAGAAGGUGUAAAGAACGAGAACAGACUGAUUUCUCAGUGUGCUUUGCACCUGCGGCAAUACAACGACGCUCUUCUCAUUAAUGACACCGUUCGCAUGGUGGACGCCUUCCGGGGGCUAGACGAGUUCUACAACUCCAGGAAAACCAGAUUGCUGGAUGAAACAGAUAUCUUUCUCCAGGACCUUUUUGAUGUGAACAGUGUGGAGCUUCAACAGCUGGCAUCAGAUGCCCUCUAUGAAAACCCCAGACUGGCCCAGUUGCAACGCACAUUGCAGCAAGAGUUUAAUAAUGAAAACUCUCGCGCUAUCCUCUUCUCAAAGACCCGCAGGGGCACCCAUUGUCUGUUAGACUGGGUGAACUCCAACCCUGAGCUGCAGAGGGUCAACAUCAGAGCUGGCAUUCUCACUGGAGCGGGUACAGGUGCAAAUCACAUGACCCAGAAUGAACAGAAGGAAACCAUAACACGUUUUCGAACGGGAAUCCUCAACCUCCUCAUCUCCACAAGUGUAGCUGAGGAAGGACUUGAUAUUCCAGAAUGCAACUUAGUUGUACGUUACGGGCUGUUGACCAAUGAGAUCGCUCAGCAGCAGGCCAGUGGGCGGGCUCGAGCUGUGAACAGUGUCUACUCAGUGGUAGCGGAAGAAGGUGGACGUGAAAUGCGCAGGGAACUUACCAAUGAGUAUCUAGAAGAUCUUACCGCAAGAGCUAUUGACAAAGUGCAGCAAAUGAGUCCCAGGGAGUUCAGACUCAAGAUAUCUGAGCUGCAACAAAUCGCUGUUAUGAUUCGAAUGGAGGCCGAGAGGAAAAAGAAUGAGAGGAAGCAGCACUAUAGUCCUGGCCAGGUUCAGUUUCAAUGCAGAGAAUGCUUCUUGCCUGUCUGCAGUGGAGAAGAUUUAAGGACAAUAGAAAAUACUCACCAUGUCAACAUCAACCCUGAGUUUGAGAGGCACUAUAGAGCAGGUGGGCAGGUCGUUCUGGAGAAGAGCUUUGAAGAUUGGGAGCCUGGACGGGUUAUCAGCUGCAGGAACUGUGGAAAGGAAUGGGGAAUGGAGAUUAAGUACAGGAGGGUGGCAAUACUCCCCUGCUUGAAAAUAAAGAGCUUUUCCUUGAAGACUCCUGAAGGCAAAUCCACUCCCAAGAAAUGGAAGAAUGUUGAGUUCCAGGUGAAAGAGUUCGACUUUCUUACGGACAUGAGCAGCCAAUUCCCUGACCUAGACUUAGACGAAUGACCAUUUAAACUCAGGCAAAACAGUGUAACAUUUUUCUACUUGCUGGUGGUACAGCAAGGGGCCAUUGAUUGCUGUUAGUCGCAAACUACUUAGCAUUAUUUAAAUAUGAAAUGAUCCUUCCUGAUUAUUCUGAUUAGUCAUCAUGGUUGUUCAUGGAUGUUGGGGGAAGUAGAUGUUUUUGUGGUUGUUUGUGAGUGUCAAAAAACAGCUGGGAAUCUCCAUAUAAUAGAGCUGUUUGUGCUCAGAUAUAGUAGUUUUAAAUUGUAGUGUUUACUUAGUAGUAACAGGCAUGUAAGAGUUCUGUAUCACAUGAGAAAGAUAUGUGUGUGUUGGUGUGUGUGCUAAAUGUUUUGACUGUAUAUUUAUUUAUAACAAUUUAAUAGAUUUUUUUUUUUUCUGGUGUUCAUCUCUGGGAUCAGGACUGUGCUGCUCUUUGGUUAUUAGUUACGGUUGACAUUACUGUGCAAUAUUUCUCUAAAUGCACCCGAAGCUCUUAAUAGUAAUCUAAACACUUUUAGAUUGCUUGAACAUUUACAUGUAUUCAUUUGACAGAUGCUUUUAAUCUAAAUGACUUACAAAUGAGGACAAAUAUGAACACGCUUCAUGUGAGCCUUCAUUUACAGACUGGUUACAGGUUUGUUUAUAGCACUUACUGUAAGUAUGUUUCUCACAAAAAAAAAAAA